AUGGAACAAGUGCGGAAGGAGGAGAAGGAUAAUCCGUUGGCUUCAGCUAAUCUUCUCUCCAAGAUUUUCUUCUGUUGGCUUAACCCCUUGUUCAGAACUGGGUACAAGAGGAAGUUGGAGGAAGAUGACAUGUAUAACGUUCUCCCAGAGGACGCAUCAGAAACACUCGGGGAGGAGCUGCAAGGGUACUGGAACAGAGAGGUUCAACAGGCGGCAAAAGAUCUGCGCCCACCCAGACUUGAAAAUGUUCUUGUACAGUGCUACUGGAGAUCAUACGCACUCAUUGGAAUUUACAUCUUUAUAGAGGAAGUUAUCAAAGUCAUUCAGCCGUUGCUACUUGGGAACAUAAUUGAGUACUUUGAGAGAGAAGACCGCACCGACAACACAGCUGCGGUCCAUGAGGCCUACAGAUCCGCUGCGGGCAUCUCCUUGUCCUGCAUCAGUCUGUCUGUUCUUCAUCAUCUCUAUUUCUACCACGUCCAGCGAGUGGGCAUGAAGAUUCGUGUGGCCAUGUGUCACAUGAUCUAUCGGAAGGCUCUUUGUCUUAACAGCAAAGCAUUUGCCAAAACUACCACAGGACAAAUUGUUAACCUCUUAUCCAAUGAUGUCAACAAAUUUGAUGAGGUAACCUUAUAUUUGCACUUUCUGUGGAUCGGGCCUCUACAAGCUGCAACUGUGAUAUUAUUGUUGAUGUAUGCUAUUGGCCCAUCAUGCCUUGCGGGUAUGGCUGUUUUCUUCAUCCUGAUGCCUGUACAGACAAUGUUCGGACAGUUGUUCUCUAGUCUCAGGGCUGACACAGCAGUCCUAACAGAUGACAGAAUACGGACAAUGAAUGAAGUCAUCACUGGUAUCCGUGUUAUUAAAAUGUAUGGAUGGGAGAAGCCUUUUGCUGCAUUGGUGGAUGAGGUCAGAAGAAUGGAAAUCUCCAAGAUCAUGAAAAGCUCCUAUCUGCGUGGUCUGAACAUGGCGUCUUUCUUUGUGGCCAACAAGAUCAUCGUCUUCAUCACCGUCUGCGUCUACGUCCUGACAGGAAACCAGCUGUCUGCCAGCAGAGUGUUCAUGGCUGUUUCCCUCUACGGGGCGGUCAGACUCACCAUCACGCUCUUCUUUCCUUUUGCUAUAGAGAAGGUUUCUGAGUCUCUAAUCAGCAUUAAAAGAAUUCAGACUUUUCUUCUGCUCGAUGAAGUUGCUUCUCAGCACCUGGGGCUUCCCUUUUCAGACAAGAAGGACUGUUAUGUGAAGAUUCAGGACUUAAUAUGCUACUGGGAUAAGAUGCUAGAGGCUCCAACAUUACAGAAUGUGUCUUUCACAGUGGCGCCAGGGCAGCUCGUGGCAGUAAUCGGACCUGUUGGGGCUGGAAAGUCCUCACUCCUCAGUGUGGUUCUGGGGGAGCUGAGUCAGGAGAGUGGUGUGGUCAAGGUCAUAGGAAAUCUUACAUACACCUGUCAGCAGCCCUGGAUUUUACCUGGUACGAUUCGAAGCAACAUCCUUUUUGGGAAAGAGCUCAACCCCCAGAAGUAUGAAAGAGUCCUGAGAGCCUGCGCCCUCAAGAGAGACCUGGACCUGUUGCCAGGUGGGGACUUGGCAUUGGUCGGGGACAGGGGGGCCAACCUCAGUGGAGGACAGAAGGCAAGGGUCAGCUUAGCAAGAGCAGUGUAUCAGGAUGCAGAUAUCUACCUGCUGGAUGACCCGCUCAGUGCUGUGGAUGCUGAGGUGGGACGGCACCUCUUUGAAAAGUGCAUUUGUGGACUUUUGAGGAAGAAGCCUCGUAUACUGGUUACUCACCAACUACAAUAUCUGAAGGCUGCGGACCAGAUUGUUGUCUUAAAGCAGGGUCAGAUGGUAACACGGGGAACCUACAGUGAGUUGCAGGGCUCUGGACUCGACUUCACCUCCUUGCUGAAAGAUGAAGAGGACCAGGAGGAGGACAGGAAGACCCCCAUCCCUGGGACUCUCUCCCGCUUCCCCCAUACACUCUCUGACAACUCAAUAUCCUCUAAGUCUUCCUUAUCUUCCUCUCGGUGCUCUUUGAUUAAGGCACCAGAACCAAACGAAGUAGUGCAACCAACAGAGGAGGAGAGCCGCUCAGAAGGAAACAUCGGCCUGCGUAUGUAUGUGAAGUAUUUCAGGGCAGGCGCUAACUUUCUGGUCCUCUUCAUCCUCAUUUUACUCAAUGUCAUAGCACAUAUAACAUUUGUGCUGCAGGACUGGUGGCUUGCGUGCUGGGCCUCUGAACAGAAGCACAUCAAUGUGACAGAGCCCCUCAAUGGCAGCCUCCCCCGGCAGCUGGACCUUGACCUGUACCUAGGUGUUUACGCAGGUUUAACAGCUACUUCAGUAGUGUUCGGCUUCCUUCGCAGCUUGGUCUUCUUUAAUGUGUUGGUGAGCGCGGCCCAAACCCUACACAACAGCAUGUUUAACGCCAUCCUCCGGACCUCGGUACACUUUUUUGAUAUCAAUCCAAUUGGAAGAAUCCUCAACAGGUUUUCGAAGGACAUCGGUUACCUGGACUCUCUGCUCCCAUGGACGUUUGUGGACUUUAUCCAGGUAUUUCUCCAAGUCAUUGGAGUGAUUGCAGUAGCUGCCAUCAUCAUCCCCUGGAUCCUUGUUCCUGUUGCUCCACUUCUUGCUGGCUUCCUGUUUCUGCGAUGCUACUUCCUUCAGACCUCCAGAGACAUCAAGCGCCUAGAGUCUACCACUCGGAGCCCCGUAUUCUCCCACCUUUCUUCAUCCCUCCAAGGCCUGAGCACCAUUCGUGCCUUCAACAUUCAGGAGAGGUUUCAGCAAAUGUUUGAUGAAUAUCAAGAUCUUCACUCUGAGGCCUGGUUCUUAUUCCUGACCACUUCUCGCUGGUUUGCCGUGCGUCUUGAUGGAAUUUGCUCAAUUUUUGUGAGCAUCACUGCUUUUGGCUGCAUUUACCUCAGGGAUGGAUUAGAACCGGGUGCAGUGGGUCUGGCUUUAUCUUAUGCAGUGACACUUACAGGCAUGUUCCAGUGGGGCGUCAGACAGAGUGCAGAGAUCGAGAACAUGAUGACAUCAGUGGAGAGAGUGGUUGAGUAUGCAGAGCUGGAGAGUGAAGCACCCUGGGAGACGGAGAAACGGCCUCCGCAUGAUUGGCCAGAGGCAGGCUCCAUCACCUUUGACAGAGUGAACUUCUCUUACAGUGCCAGCGAGCGUUUGGUCCUAAAGAACCUGACUGUCGUCUUCCCAUCCAGAGAAAAGGUUGGCAUCGUUGGACGCACUGGUGCUGGUAAAAGCUCCCUGAUCUCCGCUUUGUUCCGGCUGGCAGAACCCGAGGGACGAAUAAUGAUUGAUGGCUUUCUGACUUCUGAGAUUGGCCUGCACACCCUGCGCCAGAAAAUGUCCAUCAUCCCACAGGACCCAGUUCUCUUCACGGGCACCAUGAGGAAGAAUCUGGACCCUUUCAGUCAGCACACAGAUGAGGACCUGUGGAAUGCACUCCAAGAGGUGCAGAUGAAGGCCGUGUUGGAGGACCUGCCCAAUAAGCUGGAGACGAUGCUGACGGAGUCCGGCUCUAACUUCAGCGUGGGCCAGAGGCAGCUGGUGUGUCUGGCCAGGGCCAUCCUCCGGAAAAACCGCAUCCUCAUCAUUGAUGAGGCAACGGCUAAUGUGGACCCCAGAACUGACAGCCUCAUCCAGCAGACUAUCCGGGACAAGUUUAAGGAGUGUACCGUCCUCACCAUUGCUCACAGACUCAACACUAUCAUUGACUGUGACAGAAUACUGGUUCUAGAUGCCGGCAGGAUCGAGGAGUAUGACGAGCCAUAUGUGCUGCUCCAGAACCAGGAAGGGCUCUUUUACCAGAUGGUCCAACAGACAGGCAGAGCCGAGGCCGCCUCACUGCUACACACAGCCAGACAGCCUGCAGAUGCUCAGUUUCCACGAGUGUGCUGCACAGUGGAGGGGAUUGUGUCCAAGCUGUGCUGCCCCGCUCUGGGCUCAGAUCCUGCCAAUGUGUGCGGCUCUCUGUCGGGGAGAGGAAGCUGCGCGGCUAUUAGAGUGGACAACAAACCCUGGGGAGGUCCGUACAGACUGAGAAAUGUUGAUGACAGAGAGAGGUGGCCCACCAAAUUCUUCAAUCAGACUUGCAGGUGUACUGGUACCUUUGGAGGUUAUGACUGUGGUCAGUGCAAAUUUGGCUGGACCGGACCAAACUGUGACCAAAGGAAAGCUACUGUUGUGAGGAAGAACAUCCACUCCCUGACCCCCGAAGAGCUCCAGGAGUUCCUCAAUGUCCUGGAGCUGUCUAAGGCCACCACCCAACCAGACUACGUCAUUGCCACCCAGCACUGGUUGGGACUCCUGGGACCAAAUGGAACCAAGCCCCAGUUUACUAACAUCUCCAUCUACGACUUCUUUGUCUGGCAGCAUUACUACUCUGUCCGGGACACGCUUCUUGGUCCAGGUCGUCCAUUCAAAGCCAUUGAUUUCUCACACAAAGGACCAGCUUUCAUCACAUGGCACAGAUAUCACCUCCUCAGCUUGGAACGAGAGUUACAGAGAUUAACCGGCAAUGAGAACUUUGCGAUCCCGUACUGGAACUUUGCCACAGGCCAAAGUGAGUGCGACGUGUGCACCGACUCUCUGCUGGGGGGCCGGAACCCAGAAAACCCGUCUCUCAUCAGCAACCAGUCCAGGUUCUCCAGAUGGGGCGUGGUGUGUGACAAUUUGGAUGAGUACAAUCAGCUCGUGACUCUGUGUAAUGGCACCAGUGAGGGUUUCAUUCAGAGAGGGAUAAUGGAGAAGGCAAACACGUCUCUGCCCACCAUGACCGACGUCAGAAGCUGUCUGGGAAUCAGAGACUUCGACAGCCCUCCAUACUUCACCAACUCAUCCUUCAGUUUUAGAAAUGCUCUGGAAGGGUACGAGAAACCAGAUGGUGAACUGGAUGAUUCGGUCAAUAACCUUCACAACCUGGUCCACUCCAUGCUGAAUGGAACGAGCGCUUUGUCUCAUUCUGCAGCAAACGACCCCAUAUUUCUGGUGCUCCAUGCUUUCACUGAUGCCAUUUUUGACGAGUGGAUGAGAAGGUUUGUUCCAUCCAACGCCACUUACCCCGAUGAGAUGGCCCCCAUUGGUCACAACAGGGACUUCAACAUGGUUCCUUUCUUUCCUCCCAUCACCAACGAGGAGAUUUAUAUUGCAUCUGAGGAGCUGGGAUAUUCUUAUGCUCUUGCCCUUGAUGAUGAAGAAGGAGGGCCGGCUGUGUUUGUGCUGGGCUCUACUCUGGGGGGAGUCUUCAUCGGUCUCCUGGCGCUUCUUCUUAUCUUCGUGCUCUACCUGCGUCAACGAAGAAACAGAGGCUUUGAACCUCUGAUAAAAGCAGACUUCACAAAUAGAAAGUACACAGAGGAGGAAGCCUAGACCUCCGUUGUUCUGAAAAACACUUCAAUGCUUUUACGUACCUGAAAGAAAUGGAGCAGCCAAUGUAUUGUAUGCCCUACUCUGAUGCAAAAGGACAAUAUUAACCCUAAAUAUUAACUUACAUUUUACUUUGAAAUAUUAAAUCAAAUCUUAAAUCAGAAUCUGAAAAAGAAAGAAAAUUCCCAAAACCAAUCAAAAUGAAUGUUUACUUUAACUGUUUUGGUAGCAUAGUGAGCGUCUAAAAGCGAAAGCUAAUUUACAUUUAUAUUUUAAAAUGUAUUUUUAACAGCCACUACAAAUACAAAUAUAUUGGAAUGUUUUUAAUAAAUAUUUAUUCUCAAGAACAGUAACAAAACACAAAUGCAAUCAUUUUAAUUGCACUGGAAAACAAUAAGGCAUAUUUUCUGAACUAGUUAUUCACCCCUUUUAGUUUGAAAUAAGAAUCAAACUCCAAUCAAACGUCCCUUCAUUAGUAUUUAACUUCAUACAGAAUUGCAUUGAUUGUAAAAAAAGGUUGACUUAAAGUGUUUCCUGCUCAUUUUAUUUGUCAGAUAAUUUCUCUGACCAGACAUUGACUUUUUAAGUUUUAUUUAAAAAAUAUUACCAUUAAAAGUUCAAUGAUACAAAACAUAAAAAGGGCAUCCUGUAAGACCAUAAUAAAGAAUCCUUUUAAAUGACACAUUUUUUUCUAUAUUUUUGUUCUUGCAAUGUGGAUAAAACUGCAAUAAAGAAAAAGCUUAACUAAUAAUCACUGAUAUACUGCGAACACUGGUUAAUUCCUGGGAUAUGUAAGCUGAGCUGGCCUGGUGGUUAUGGAGCUGGCUCUCAGAGAACAAACAGGCUGGUUUUGUCCUCCCCCUCAGCACUGCCAGGCCUCUCACAUUCUCCGUAAGUUCGCUCUGCUGAGGAGCUGCACCGGAGCGUUCAGGCCUGUCCGCUCUGCACAGAUUCUCAUUUCACAGGUGACUGUGGUCGGCUUCCAGCCUGUCUGUGCUGCAGACACAACCAGUCGAGCUUUACAGAUACAUUUAGGGGCCCUUUCUUUGCAUUUCCAGUAACCACUGUGUGCUGUUUGCUACUUCUUAAUAAUUGUCUGACCUUUUAAAGAACUGUGCUAAUAUAUAUGCAGAAAUAGCAACACUUGUUUUUACUACUGUUUUACAGUAUGUCAGUUUUGUAGAGCUAUAAACACAAUGCAUAUUUUAAUCCAAACUGUGAAAUCAAUUACAGGAUACGCUUUGGCUAUUAUCACAUAUGCAACAGUUUCAGCCUUCUUUUUGUUACUGUAUAUUAAUAUUAAACAUUUCUUGAAGUUUAAAAAUGUGUAAUAUUUGUGAAGAUAUUUGUAGAGUAUUCUGAGGAUGGCGAAGAAAAUGUUACCAAAAGUUAAUUUAAGUUAAUUUCAAGAUUCAAGCAGUGCAAGAUUUCCACCUGUGAUAGUGAUUCUGUAUUGACUGGGUGUGCCCUUUAU